AUGCAACGUACAGCGACGAAAUCAUCAUACACUAGAAGAGAUAAAAAGUCCCGAUCCGGCUGCCGCCAGUGCAAGCAAAAACGAAUUCGUUGCGACGAAACACGCCCAUCAUGUACCAAUUGCGUUCGCAGUGGCCGUGUCUGUCCUGGGUACAGGGUUUCCCUAUGCUGGUCUACGAAGCACGAGCAACCCGCGUCCACCUCCUCGCCCAGACCUCUUGGUCCGGCCGAUUUUGAGUAUCUGGCCAGUACUGCCUCGCUGGCCAUUCACGGUGCCGGCGUCAGGCGAGAAGGAUACAGCAAGCCCACUGCGCGCGCCUUUGACAAUGCGCCAAUCAUUGACUACAGCGGCAUGAUUCCGCCGGGACACGUUGAUCAGUAUGGGCUUGGACUACAGAACGCAUCUACCGUGAAGGGCUAUGAUGUCGUGACACCUCCCCCAGAGGUAAUUCUGGCCCCGACUGGCUUCUAUCCUCUGCCUCUGGUCCCAGAGUCACCACCUGUUGUUAUUCAGGACCUCAUGCCAAGGAUAGCGGAGUGCCCCAUUGACGCCAGUCUUUCUUCCGCGUCACCAGUGACUGACACGGGCUGGACCAUUGACGAUGGACAAACUCCCCUUUUGAGCCCUCCUCAAAUGAGCUCCCCCGCCGUGAGCCCUCCAGAAAUCUCAGACGAGCCAGGGACUUGCCCAAACCGACAACUCGGGGCUCUGGAUACGCCAAAAGCUGGCUUACUCCACCUUCCGACGCUUCUGGUACAACACUGGUUUGGCUCAGUAUGUCGAUACUGGUCUGCCUUUGACUCGGAGAGCAACCCUUUCAGGCUCGUCGCAGCAUCCCAGUGGGGUUCUUCCCAGGUAGUCUUUUACUCGAUUCAGAGUAUGUCGGCUGCCACUCUGGUGGAGACUAUGCCGGAUGUGAAGGAAAUCAUUGGCUGCGCGCCCAUGUUGGCCGUUGAAGCCAUUAGCGAAGAACUCACCGAACUUUACACGUCAGAGGCUGAUGAUCUACAUUUCCCAUGUGGUCUGAUGCUCGGGUUAUUCGUCAUGGGCUCCUCCACUUGCUGGGAAGACCCCAAGAAGACGGGUACCCAUUUCUACCGUCAAGCUAGAAAGUUGAUGCGUCAUUUCGAGCUGAGAAGAAAUCGUCUAUCGAAAGAAGACAAACAGCUCUUGGAAUUCUUUGCUGGUUGCAUGAAGUACGAAGAGAUGGUCCGCAAGGUUGCCGGAGAACCUGUAGCUCCAGCACCCAAACGAGCAUCAGAUGGUGAGAAUCGAGGAAGAGAGAUAUCUAUUCGACCUCAUGCCUGGACUGGUGUUUCUCCUGAUAUUCUCAGUCUUUUCGGAGACGCCAUUCUUUUAUGUCGCAAGGAGUGUGAAAGACGACGAGGGCAGACCAACAUGACCCGAGAGAGUCUAAGGGAAGCAUUGGCUGCUAUUGAUGCAGCGCAAGCUCUUGAGGAGGCACUGCUGGCUGUAGAGCCUGCCGACAUCCAGCUCGAUGAUCCCCAUUGCACGGAUGCAACACGUUGGACGCAUCUACGCGACAGCACAGAAGGCUAUCGUGUCGCAUCGCUGCUCCAGCUGUACCAAACAUUCCCCGAUCUUGUUGCUCGCCGGAUCCCUGAGCAGGUUGGAAGUGACGGUCUCGUCCCAAACAGUGCUUGGCUCGUGCCGCUCGCACUCCACCUUGUCACAAUCCUGCAAAGAACCCCGCCGAGCUCCGAUCUACGCUGCAUCCAGCCUCUUCUCUAUCUGUCAGCUGGAAGCUGUCUUACUUUUGAUGACGUUUCUGCUUCUACAAGUUGCAUGGGUAUUCCAGGUGAUGUCGCAGGGCUAGUGGCCACUGGGAUUACGUCGGAUCCACUGGCCUCGGUCUUUUCGACGGCUUCUUUGACGGAAAAUGCGAUGUCAAAGUCGUCAUAUCUUGACGUGGCGAGUGCUCGAAAGCUCAUUACGGAAAGGCUGGGAGAGCUUGAACAAGUCUUACCACCAAAACCUAUACGUGUUGCGCAACAAUUGAUGAAGGCAACGUGGGAGGUUUUUGAUGGUGAGAUAUGCGCCCAACGCAAAACCCAUUGGUUGGAUGUCAUGACAUCAACCAGUCUUACAACCCUAUUUGGGUGA